CGGGCGAGCGGGGCUCAGCGGAGCUCGGCAGGCGGACUCACCCCAGGUUAGCGGCAGCGAGCGGAGCCCACGGCCGCCGCGGCGCCAGUGGCCGGGGCCGGGUGCUCGCCGGCUCUCCGCUUCUUCAGGGCUCGGGUUCCGCUCGCACAGCGCCGACCCGCCCCGCGGGGCGGACCCCGGCGAUGCUGAGCAGGAGAAGUCCAGCGUCUCAGCCUCGGGGCGUCAGGGGAGAAAGCGGGGCUUUUGCGCGUGAAGCCGCGGUGCGUUCUCGGUCUUCCGGAGGCCGUCUGCGCCUCGAACCCCCGCCAGCCCCGACCCCGGGUCUUCCUCCGGCGCCGCGGGCGCAGGGCGCCCGGGAGGGUGGGGAGCACCGCGGGAGAGGCGCGACCCGAGCAACGAGGAUGGACGCCGGCACCUGGCGCCUGGGCUGGCGCUGUCUCCUCCUCCUGGCUCUCCUCGGAUCCACUCGGAGUGAGGGCGUGGAGAGCUGCGAUGAAGUUCGGAAACUUUUCCAGUGGCGGCUUGGGGGAGCUGUCAAGGGGCUGCCGGAUGCGCCGCGGGCAGGUAGGAGUUGGCCUGGCAGUGUGCGGGGACCCGGCCGGGGACUUCUGGGCUUGCGACCGCGCUCUUCCCGGCAUCCAGAGGUGGUCCUCGGGCCUGAUCUUCAGGUUUGUAUAACCAAAAACCCAACAUGCUGCAACAGGAAGAUGGAGGAGAGGUACCAGAUUGCAGCUCGGCAAGAUUUGCAGCAGGUGCUUCAGACAUCCAGCUCAACAUUAAAGUUACUAAUAUCUCGAAAUGCAGCUGCUUUUCAAGAGACCUUGGAAACCCUCAUCAGACAAGCAGAGAAUUAUACCAGUAUCCUUUUCUGCAACACCUACCGGAACAUGGCCUUGGAGGCUGCUGCUUCCAUUCAGGAGUUUUUCACGGAUGUGGGGCUUUAUUUAUUUGGUGCAGAUGUUAAUCCUGAAGAAUUUGUAAACAGAUUUUUUGACAGUCUUUUUCCUCUGGUCUACAACCAUCUCAUAAACCCGGGUGCGACUGACAGUUCACUGCAAUACUCAGAAUGCAUCCGAAUGGCCCGCCAGGAUGUUAGUCCAUUUGGCAACAUUCCCAAAAGAGUUAUGGGGCAGAUGGGGAGAUCCCUGCUACCCAGCCGCACAUUCCUGCAGGCUCUGAAUCUCGGCAUUGAAGUCAUCAACACGACAGACCAUAUCCACUUCUCCAAGGAGUGUAACAGGGCCCUCCUGAGGAUGCAAUACUGCUCUCAUUGCCAGAGCCUGAUGCUCAGUAAGCCCUGCAUGGGGUACUGCCUCAAUGUCGUCAGGGGCUGCCUGGCCCACAUGACAGAGCUUAAUCCACACUGGCAUGCUUAUAUUCGAUCCUUGGAAGAGCUGUCAGAUGCGAUGCAUGGAACCUAUGACAUUGAGCACGUGCUCCUGAACUUCCACUUGCUUGUGAACGAUGCGGUGCUGCAGGCUCACCUCAAUGGGCAGAAGUUAUUGGAUCAGGUGAAUAAGAUUUGUGGCCAUCCAGUGAGAACAACAACACAGAGCCCACGCUGUACUUUUGAUCCAAGCAAGGAGAAGCAUGGAAUGAAGAUCUCUGCAAGGAAUGGUGAGGAGACACUUGCCAACAGAAGAAAAGAAUUCAUCAAUAGCCUUAGACUGCACAGGUCCUUCUAUGGUGGCCUGGCUGACCAGCUUUGCAUUAACGAAUUAGCUGCUGCUGAAGGAAGUCCCUGCUGGAAUGGGGAGGACGUGGUGAAAAGCUACUCUCAACGUGUGGUUGGAAAUGGAAUCAGAGCUCAAUCUGGAAAUCCUGAAGUCAGAGUCAGAGGACCUGACCCCGUGAUAAAUCAGAUCAUUGAUAAACUGAAGCAUGUUAUCCAGUUGUUACAGGGUAGGUCACCCAAACCCGACAAGUGGGAGCUUCUUCAUCCGGGCAGUGGUGGAGGCGUGCUGGAGCAGGCUAGUGGAGACUGUGAUGAUGAGGAUGGCUGUGGAGGAUCAGGAAGUGGAGAAGUCAAGAGGACGCUAAAGAUCACAAACUGUGUCAUGGCAGAACACCUCACAAGUUCCCACAAGGCCUCCUGUCCUUUAGAAAAGAAAACUAAUUUUGCUGAAUGGAUUCCAGACAGCAUGAACUUCAGUGACGUCAAGAAAGUCCACCGAGCAGACCCUGGAAGGACUCUGGACGCGACUGGUGCGGGACAUGCCACCGGAACUGAGUCUCUGACCCUCGCUCUGAUGGGGAUGCUCGUGUUCCUUCCCUGGCUUUGGUAAUGGGGCUCUUCUGUCAGGACAGACCUUACUGUAGUCUUGAUUCACCCAGUAUCUCCUUAUGCCUGGAAAAACAAAGAACUCUUUAACAGUAACAACUGAUUUACAGAAAAGUGAAAAGUGUGUUAUGCUAACUCCUUACAAGACAGUUCGAAUGUCCACCAAGUACCUUGAAAUCAAGAUUCUGAUACACUGUUUCAAACUAUGUCUUCCCGGCUUCUAACUUAAACCUUCUUAACUUCUGUUUGUUUGUUUGUUUGUUUCCAAGAUAGUGUUUCUCUGUGUAUCCUUAGCUGUCCUAGAACUUACUCUGUAGGCUGGCCUUGAACUCAGAGAUAUGCCUGCCUCUGCUUCUCAAGUGCUGGGAUUUAAGGUGGGUGCCACCACUGCCUGGCUAAAGCUUCUUAAAUUCUAACAUUAAAUCUAAACUGUGAAAAGCUCAGAAGUGACCUUGAGUAAGAAGGUUUUGGUGUAUUUGUAAGUCUUUUCUCAGUUUCAAACCCCUUCCUUUUACUAUUGAAAAAGUUGCCAUUUGAGAGUGUGUUUGCCAGGCACAGAAAACAAAAAGUAGUAUUUCUUAAAGUACUGGGAAUAGAAAUAACAUUAAGUUACAGCACAAAAAGGCAAAUAUUAUGCAUGCAUUUUGAGUGAUUUUUUCAUUUUUGCAAGCUAAAGAAGAAAGUUGCAGAAGUGUGAUUCAUAGAGUAGAUUAGCAGGGGUGAUUUCACCUAAGCUCACCAGAGGAGCCUGGUUAUGUUUUCUCACCUAAACUUCUCUACUGAGCUUAGGAACUCAGACACACCUAUGUGACGUCCUUUUGCAUCUGAAAUGCACUGUAGUAUUAUGUCUCUGUUUCUCCUUUCUCUUGACCUAAAAGAUCUAGUUAUGUCAGAAAGCACACUUGUAUACUCCAAUAAAGCUGUUGAUUAUUUGAUGAAAAAAAAAUUUAAAGAAUAUUAUGGUCAUUUUUCCUAACAAAAGUUUAUUAUUAACAUUCAUAUUUGAAAAUGUUAUUUGCUAGUUUUUGAAGAAAGCAUCAUCUGGAGCAAACAGUUGGCUAUCCAUGCACAAGGUCUGAUGAAUAUCUCACUGUGGACAAUAAGGCAGAGCAUAAAGUGUACAAGGCUUUAGUUUUCUUCCUAUGUUCUCAGCAGGAAGGAUUCUAAUCCACCAUCCCUAACUUCGCAGUUGGGAUCAGCUGCCUCAGUGGAUGCUGAUAGGAUAGCUGCACUUAAGGAGGAAGAGAAUAGUAUGACAUCCGGCUGUGGCCAGGAAAUAUAAUGAAUACAAAGCAAAAGAGGGGAAAAGGAAAUGCUGGGCUGCUUAAGCAAAUAAUUCAAAAGGAUUUAAAAUUACUUCUGACAAGGGUCGAAAAGGACUCAAUUUAACAGCCACCAUGACAAAAGCAGAUUAAUAUUCCCUAAUCAGGAAAGAACACGUGAUAACCCCUGGCUCACCAAGGUUCUCAGUCAGGUGAUCAGAGACUUAUCAACUUAAACUACAAUAUUUUUAACUGCUCAAGUGGGUUUUAUUGUCUAUUCAAAUAUGUUUUAAAACUGAAAAUAGUCUUUCACCUGGUGAUUCUCUGUGUAAUUUUCUCAGGCUGCUGGUCCAGGCAGAGAUGGUUAGUCCUUGACCCCUCAUCAGCACUAAACUCACCACAAUCCACAAAUUACAAAGUUAAACUUUUCUCCCCACAAUUUUUACUCCAAUCUCAGCCUUUUAUUCAGGAGCGGAGGGGAAGCAAUAUUAAAUCACUCCUGUACUCUUGCUGCUGUCGAGGCUAGUUUUCCAUAGAAGAGUGUCUGGGUACCCGAAUUAGAGAAAAAUAAUUUUAAAAACCAACAAACUGAAGAGCAUAGCUCAGGAGUCUAAGAUGGAUAUCGACAAAAUUAGUCGGUUGAAGAUAAUUUUGGGCAUUGUGGAAGUGGACCGGAGCAGAGAAAUAGCAGAGUCAAUAGAAUCAGUGGUUAGAGUCUGUAGACCGCAUUUUACGCUCUCAGGUCUGUGAUGUCUCCCUACAGCUAUGCACUUUGGAGACUGCACGUGUCAGAAUGCUGCCGUGAGAGCUCAGAGCCCUCGCGGGUUUUCAGAAUUUCCUUAAGAGCCGCAGGCAUCGUUUUUGCAUUCUUAGUCAAGGGUAUUCAUCCUUUAAUACCCCACUUGGUGACAUUUUAUAUUUAUGUACCACUUCAUGGUGUACUAAGUUCUUUCAAAUAAACAAAGCAUCACCUGUGGCCAUCAACACUCUCUAGGUUGACUUGAUUUUUAGUCAGUUAAGAACCAUGAUGCUGAUUUUCCUUUAAUAUGGUUCCAAAGCUGCAGCUGGCUGUUUUCCAUAAAUGAUAUCUAAAAGGGUUCAAGUAUCAAUCUCACUGCCAUGAUGACUUUAAAAUAUCAACAUAUCAUAUUUUAUAUUGAAUAAUUUAAUAAGGUCAUUUCUGAGCACUGAGUGUGAUUUUUAUACACAUAGAAGUAUAUAAGAGAAGUAAUCUUAAAAUUUAACGAAGGGUUGAGCAGUAUAGCUCAAUUGGAGAGUGUAUACUGUAUAUGCAUUAGGCUCUGAAUUCAAUAAUCAGCUUCUGCAUCUCCUAGAAACUCUACAGAGAGAUAACAAGAGAGAGACAGAGACAGAGAAAAGAGAGAAACCUUAAAAAAAAAAGAAAAGCCACCAACAAGAGCCCUUAUACCUUAGCUGAGUGUUUUGCAUCUCUGUGGGAGGAGUUGGUUAAGAAUCAUAGCUAACAAUUAUUUGCUUAUUAUUUUCCAUAGUCACAGUGAUAAAUGAGUUUAUUGAAUUUAUGCACAAUCUCUUUUCAUCUUCCCAAUAACAUCAACACCUAUAUUUUACCAAUGAGAGAAGUGGGGCUUAGGGAUACAAUGGAAUUUUUCUUAUGCCAUGAAAAUAAUGAUUAUAUAAUUAGAUUGGUGAUUGUGAGAUCUUUGAAAAAAGCUAUUUACAUUUCUAGCUCAAAAGCAACAUUGUUACAUAUCAAUAAAGAAAAAGCAGAGGCGUUAAGAUCAAAAUCGUCCAGAAUUAUUGUAGUGUCUAAACUAGUGUUUUUAAAUAAAGUAUGAUUGACUCAAUAAUUUCAUUAUUGUCCAUUGUCAAACUGCAUAUUACUUUAGAAGCAUAUUGAAAAGGAACAAUGUAUAUGUGAGCUUUUUGUCCUAAUAGUUGCUAAUCUCUGAAUGUUUAAAUCACAUUCAAAUACACCUGCCCCCUCCCCCAAAUAAUUCAAAUAAAAGUGAAAGAGAAAAAUACCACUUUCAUCACUAUCAUGAAGUUACAUUUUUGUUUGCUGCGAUGGGGAUAAAAUUUCUUCACCUAUGGAACACAGAAUAAAAUUAAAGAAGGAAUUAAGAAAGAGAGAUGGAGGGAGGAGGGAAGGAAUAGUGGGAAGACGAGAAGGGGAAAGAAGGAAGGGGAGGAAGGGAGGAAGAAGGAGUAGGGAGGCAAGCAAAUGGGAAUCUUGCUUUGUAAGCUCUGGAUUAGCCUUUUCAGCUACUGCCUUCUGGGGAGUGUCUUGUGCACGUGACAACGCUGGCCUUAUUUUCUCCCCCUGAAGCGUAGAAGUGAAUUAGAUAUGUUCUCCAAACACUCAUGUUUUCUGAAGUGUUUACUAAGCACGCUUAGCAAAGGACUCAAUUAGGUUAUCGUUUUCAGACACUUAAGCUACUUUUUUUUUUAAUCUCCAGAACCCUUCAAUAACAAUAAAAAUGUUUCUUUCUUACAACAUGAGUUUACCCAGGACUUCUGUUACUCUGUAAGAAAGUCCCUGUGUGCAAUGAUGUCAGUAUUUCCUCAGACUGCCAAUUGUGUGUUCGAAUAUAAUUACAUGGAUUAUACGAAACAGUAAUAAUUAAGAUGGCUACGUAUGUCUUUGGACUUUCAACAUUUUCUUCAAAUGAUAUUAUUGUAUGUAACUCAUUUCUAAUUAAAAUAUCAAUAAAGUACCAAAGUACUUCUAAAGUUAAA